ACGUGAGAUGACUGAUGCCGCGCGCUUGCUGAUUUAUAUUGGCCACCCAGACGUGGUUCAACUUCAACGGCAUUAACCGGAUUGCAGCUUAUUUUGCAGUGCUCAGGAUAAUCUAAUGCUUACGGAGAAUCGCGACGAGACGGCACGGGUGGAACAAUUUGCUCGUGACGAGAUGAUUGAGCAUCGGCCAAAAUGACGAUGUGAGCCCCACCAGCACCGAUACCCCGCGACAGGGAUGCAACGCUAGCGCGCGGGCUGGCAGCGCGUUUGGUGCCUGGCAGCUUGAGCUCUCACUGGUCUUGGACAAACACCGACCGUCCUCCCACUUUCAACACACUCUGGUCGCGACAAUGGACCAUCUUCCGCCUCCAGUCCAGGGCCCGACUGCCAAGGAAAAGAAAUAUGACCGUCAACUGCGCCUCUGGGGAGCUACCGGCCAAAUCGCACUCGAGAAGUCACAUAUCCUGCUCAUCAACUCCGGCCCAGGCGUUGUUGGCGUAGAGACGCUCAAGAACCUCGUCCUUCCCUGCAUCGGCAAUUUCACCAUCCAGGACUCCGCCGUUGUGAGCGAAGCGGAUCUAGGCGUCAACUUCUUCCUAGAAGACCAGCACCUGGGAGGGUACCGCGCAGAACACACGUGCAAUCUUCUUAAGGAACUCAACCCAGAUGUGGAUGGUCAUUUCAUCACAGAGCCCAUAGAGUCAUGGCUUGCCAAACCUGACGCUCUACGGCCGUAUACCCUCGUCCUCGCGACUGCACCUAUCCGUCCUGAGAUCCUCGCUAAGCUCUCCGACCACGCAAGCGCCGCGCUUCUCCCGCUGUUCUACGUCCACUCGGUCGGCUUCUACGCCCACUUCUCCGUACACCUGCCUCCUGCCUUCCCCAUCGUAGACACACAUCCCAGUCCCGAGACCACAUCAGAUCUCCGGCUAUUGAGACCAUGGCCAGAGCUUGUACAGUACGCCGAAGAGAAGACGGCCGACUUGGAGAACAUGAAGCCAGAAGAUCACGGACAUGUCCCAUGGAUAGCACUACUGCUGCAUUUCCUUGAGCGUUGGAAGAAAGACCACGGCGGCGAAGUACCCCAGACAUACAAGGAGAAGACCGAGUUCAGAACGUCGGUAGCGCAAGCCGCACACACCAACAACCCAGAAGGUGGCGAAGAGAACUUUGACGAAGCAGUGGCGGCCGUUCUCAAGUCGCUGAACCCACCGCAAGCGAGCAGUUCUGUCAAAGAGAUUUUCACGGCGCCAGAGUGUCUUCUGAUCCGCGACGACUCCCCAAGUUUCUGGGUCAUUGCCAACGCUAUCGGUCUAUUCUAUACCAAAUACAACGUCCUCCCAGUUCCUGGUUCUGUACCCGAUAUGAAGGCGCGCUCAGCAGACUACAUUCAGCUGCAGAAUGUGUACAAGGCAAAAGCACGAAAGGAUCUGGCAGAGGUGGUAGAUAGUGUCCGCUUCCUGGAGCGUAAUGCUAACCGGAGCACGCAAAUCGAUGAGAAGGACAUUGAGACAUUCUGUAAGAACGCAGCACACAUAAAACUAGUGCGCGGGCGGCCAUUUCACGUCGUACAAGCAGGCGAAAAGAUCAAGUGGGGUGAUCGUGCCAAGUCAAUCGCCCAAACGCUCACAUUCCCUGACUCACAGAUCCCGCUUUACAUUGCUUUCCUAGCUUGGGAUGAGUUUGUUGCGACACACGAUCAAGAUGGCUCAGGAGGAGCACCUCGCGUUGCUGGCGAGACCGACCCCGAAACAGACUCAGAGAAGCUCACAGGGAUAGCCUUGAAGAUUGCGAACGAUCUCAUCAAAGAAGCAAAUGCGUCUAUUGAGGAAGAAGAGUUCGACACGAUCAAGUCGCAGGUUGGAGAAUAUGCACAGGAGCUUGUGCGAGCAGGCGGCGCCGAAUUACACAACAUCGGUGCCUUGACUGGUGGAAUCGUUUCACAGGAGAUCAUCAAGGUCAUUACAGAACAGUAUGUUCCUGUCGACAACACAUGUGUAUUCGAUGGGAUCAAGAGCAAGAGUACCGUUUUCAAGGUCUGAACAGGUGUGUUGGAAGGCACAAUGACAAGGUAACGAUCUAGCCCUGGAAUGACAAGAGCUUGUUUCUGCCAUCGGAUAGGGUGGCUGUGCCCUGCAGUAACGAAGAAACGAAAUCUAGCAUAAGAGGAAUUGGCAUAGCUGGGCGUUUAUGUAUCGCUCCCGCUGUGUAUGGGGGACGAAUCGAGAGAUGGCAUGCAUUAGCUAGGGCGCAGCAGUUCACAUACCAACAAAGACUAGUAACUAGUACACCCUAUUUAGACUGCGCAGAGCGAGAGUGGAAGUAAGGCUGAUGCAUCAUCGAUCUUUGUCCUUGUAUCUGAGAGUAUGCACAAAUGCUCUUACUUCAAGAGGUGCUUGUACGAAGUAAGUCUAUGUCUCAAAGGCAGUUCGUCAGAAACCUUAUUCACUCAACCCAAUCUCACUAA